AUGUUAACGGCUAAGGUGGUUGUGUUACUAAUAUUAGUGACUGAGAUCAAAGCUCUACCUACCGAUACAGAAUUACAGAAACAAUGGGAGGACUUCAAGACAUUACACAAAAAGAUUUACCACCAGGGCGAGGAAUCGAGAAGGAAAUUAAUUUGGGCCGAAAAUUUGGAGAAAGUUAGAAAACAUAACAAGGAGGCAGAAAUGGGAAAACACACUUUUACCCUGGGUAUCAACGAGUACAGCGACAUGAGUCACGAGGAAAUUAAUUCACGAAUGCAUGGAUACAGAGAAUCAAGUUUUCAAAUGAUGAAUUCAAAACAUGAGGUGAAGGCUGAUAUGAACGAAAAAGACUUACCUAAAGAAGUAAACUGGAAAGCAAAAGGCUGGGUAACACCUGUUGGCAAUCAGUUUCAGUGUGGGUCCUGCUGGGCUUUCACGGCUAAUGGAGCUGUGGAAGGUCAGCAUUACAAUGUGACUGGUCAGUUAGUACCGUUGUCUUCUCAGAAUCUGAUGGACUGCUCAGAUGCUGAAGGAAACCAUGCUUGUGAAGGAGGAACGAUGAUUCAAUCGUAUAAAUAUAUCAUUAAGAAUAAAGGUGUGGAUACCCAGACGGCUUAUCCCUACACCGGGAAGAAUGGAAAAUGCCACUUUAAAAGGACGAGUGUAGGCGCCACCUUAACAGGAUAUGGAACUAUCAAAAAGGGGAGCGAACUCGCGUUACAGAAGGCUGUUGCUACGAUAGGUCCCAUUGCUGUUGCUGUCGAUGGUGAGAAGGCAUCUUUUGGCAUGUACAAAAGUGGAAUAUACAACGAGCCAACGUGUUCCCAGAACGUAGAUCAUUCACUGCUGGUAGUAGGAUACGGAACACUGAACGGUACAGACUAUUGGCUCAUGAAAAAUAGUUGGGGAACAAGCUGGGGAAUGGACGGUUAUAUCAUGAUGUCACGAAACAAGGGGAACCAGUGUGGAGUAGCCAACAUGGGUAGUUACCCUAUUGCAUGA